GUUAUUUUUGUUGAGUGUUGGACAUUGGACAAUUACACAUAGCAUGAACAUAAGGCCAUUUACAUAGUUGACAUAUUUAUAAAAUACACUCACUGCACAGAUAAGUAAUCAUAAGUCUUCGCCAUAGUCGUCGUAGGUUAUGGUUUCAGUCCUCUGCGUAGCUUGCAGGAAACAACAUAUUAAAGGUCGUCAUCAUGAUAAAAGCCAUCAGCGCCGGAGCGGCCGUCGUGGGUUUUGUAAUUCUCAUCGUGGCCGUCGUCGUGGGGUGGGUGGUUGCACCCAACUUGAUUGAAAAUAUGGUUGAAAAGGAGACGCAACUCCAAAACGGGACAGAUAUUUAUGAAAAGUGGGUCAACAUUCCAGUACCAAUUUAUCUCAAGUUUUACUUAUGGAACGUAACAAACUAUGAGGAUUAUCAAAAUAAUAAGGACUGGAGUGCUAAGCCAAAUAUUUCCGAAAUUGGGCCCUACAUUUACAAAGAGAAUAGGACGAAAUACGAAAUAAGAUCCAACCCCGACGAUGAUACGGUGACCUAUCGACAAAAGAUUACUUAUACUUUCGUCCCAGAAAUGUCCGUUGGUCCAGACACUGAUGUAGUAAAUAUCAUAAAUGUUCCUUUAUUUUCAGUUGCUGCCGUUUUAGCCACCAAGAAUCUUAUAAUUACCCCACUCGUGCUCCAAUUACUUUUGGGACCUCUUUCAAGGGAAAGACUGGUUAAAAUGGAUGUUCCCGUCAGAGAUGUCAUUUUUGGCUGGAGACUCAACUUAAUUUACGACAUAAUUGCGUCUGUCGGCACCGAGUUGGGGAUGCACUUCCCUCCAGAGAUGCAGGACGGAAAAUUCGGCUUUUACCUGAAUCGAAACAACACAAAUGCUGACGGUUUGUGGGAGGUUUACUCUGGUGUUCGAGAUUCAUCAAAGUUUUCCAUUAUUAAAACUAUCGAAGGGGAGUCUCGAUUAGAUGAUUGGUGGGAUGACGAAUGCGCCAUGAUAAAUGGCACUGAUGGAACCAUGUUUCCCCCAUUUGUGGAAAAGGACACCACACUUUUCGCAUACAUUCCAGAAAUUUGUAGAUCAGUGUGGUUAAGAUACACGGAAAAGACGGAAUAUGAAGGGAUCCCCGGCUACCGGUUUCGCAUUCCGAACGAACUCUUUACCUCUCCCCACAUUCACCCCCCUAAUUGGUGCUUCUGCAUGCCCGUGAAGCCACCUUUGAAUCAAGAUUGCGAUUUUACUGGUGGUGGACGAAUAUUUAGCUGCAAGAGUGAUGCACCAAUUAUAAUUUCUAAGCCCCAUUUUCUUGAUGCACAAGAGGAUAUAUACACUCAGAUGGAUGGUCUCAAACCGGAGAAAGCAAAACAUGACACAUUCAUCGACGUGGAGCCGAUCACGGGAUUUCCUCUACGUGCACAGAAAAGGUUGCAAAUUGGAGUGGAAUUGCAGACUCUCUCGACUUUUGGAGCUCCAUGGAACACAAUUAAUCAUGUCUUCUUUCCAGCAAUCUGGGCGGACGAAGAAGCUGCUCUGGAUGACAAAUUGGUGGAUGAGAUCAAAACUAAGCUUAUUAAACCUUUGAGACUGGUAACCAUUGGAAAAUGGAGUGCGGUGGGUGUGGGAAUUUUUGUGACAGUAGUUGGAUCCACAUAUUUCUCAUAUUUGAUGUGGUUUAAAAAAUAGACAAAUAUAUAAACGAAUGUAUUGUAAAAAAGAGAAAGUACAGAUUAUAUUACGUAAUCGAUUUUGCAAUGAACAUACAUAUUUACAUACUUCCGUAUCAAUAACAAAGAGAAUUAAGAUCAAAUAAAGACAUAUUUAUGCACGUA